AUGGCAAGAAUGUGUCACAAUUCGAAUACCUCAUGUACUACAGUAUUCAUACUGCUGGUCACAAUGAGGCUAUCAGCUUUCGUUUUAGCUAGUAGUAUUAGUGAAAACAGUGGAAGUGCCGGUAAAUUUUGUCCUAAAAUAUGUACGUGUGAUGUGAUCGAAGAUUUAAAAAGGGCUGAUUGUAGCAAUGAAAAGCUUGUGAACACAUACACCGACGUGCCGUACGAUGUUGAAAUUCUCGAUCUAAGCAUCAACAUUAUAUCGUCCAUUGAAAAUGAUAACUUCAUGCGCUACGAUAAUCUGGUAAAGCUCUUCCUGUCGGAAAAUUCCAUCCAAACGAUUUCUCUGGAUGCUUUUGCAAACCAGCACCGUCUGACAACGCUGGAUCUAUCAUACAACCGAUUGGAACAGCUCAAUGAGCAUCUGUUUGAGCGUAAUUUACAGUUGAUAGAUGUAAACCUAUCCGGUAAUAACUUCAUGAUGCUGCCUGAUACACCUUUCCUCAAAAGCUACUCUAUAAUGUUUCUCCAUCUUUCCAACUGUCGCAUACCGCACAUUUUCGAUACUAUGUUCAUCGAUCUGCCGAAUUUGAAGUCGUUAGAUCUCUCCAAAAACAUAAUGAACAGUUUGGCUACAGUGCCUUUCGCACAUUUGCGUAAGCUAGCCUCUAUCAACUUAAUCGAUAACCGAUGGAAUUGCAAAAAGGAAGACGUACGAAAUACGGUCAGAUGGAUAAAGGCGAGAGUACCUACUAUCGCGGUAGAUAGUUGCUUGCUCUCCGAUCUCAAUUACCAGGGUAAUCGGUUUGAAAGAAUCAUGGAAGAUCCUGCACUAAAUGAUCAAAAACAUAACCGACACGACGUGGCGAUUGAUCAAGUUUGGGGCACGCAAAGAUCACAACCGACUAGGGCUAAUGAAGACGCUUGGCCAGCGUUUAUGAACAAAACAUGCUCUUACACCGAUCUAGAGAAUGAUCCAUCGAAAGAAUCUUGCGAACAAUUCGUUGACUGUCAGCGCAAGUACAGUGAAUUGUACCACGCACACAAACUACUGCUCUCUCGCAAAGAUACCCGCCGCAGUGGGUAUUUCCGCACAGGAGUAUUCAUCGGUGGCGUACUAGUGGGGGUUAUGCUUGGGUCGUUCCUCACGUACACGAUCUGUUGGGUAGUUCGCAGUUGCAGGAUUCGAUCGUUACAGAAGAAAGCAAACCUUGCUCCAGACCAAAGACGCCUACAGCGCGAGCUGAGAAGAGAAAUUCGCGGAAGAAAUCAGUUCGAACACACCCGUCUAAAUGAAUCACCUGUGUUUGCACGAAGUGACCGUGUCCCCGGCGCUGUUCGAGGUUCUGCACCACCGAAUGACGAAAUUUAUCGAAACCAUGAGCACACGAGACAGUUUUUAGUGAACCUGUUCUCGAAACGACAACCUCGAUAUGUGCGCAGCAAUUCACAGUUGGCGAACAUCAACAACCGAUACAUUCCACCAACUCAAACACGUGACGAACCGCGGGCAAUAAGCAAUGUGGUGCCACGUGCUGUUUCCGACACAGGGCAAUUGUGGGAACAUCGGCAAGAUUCCAAUAAUCGCGAACAAGAAAGUAUGCUUGCGAAUGAACCCGAUGCCGCUUUUCGGAUAUGCGACGAUCUACAACCAACAUGGAUAAGCAUUCGACCGAAUGGAAAUGGGACGCUCACGCGUAGCCCUCGAGCACGCAAGGAUGUGACGACUUCAGGUGAAAGCCCACCGCCACCUUAUGUCGAGUGUACUUUAGAUGCAGGACCAAAUCAGGAAAGAGUUAAUAUGUAUUAA